AAUUAAAAAUUCAAUGGCAUAAUGAAAAUACUGCCUUAUCUGCUCGACAAGCUGAAUCAUUGGCAAUCAGAGAAAGCCUGCUGUUUGUCUUGAAGGAAGGUUGGAACAGAGUAAUCUUCGAAACCGAUUGCUGUUCUUUGGUGAAGAGACCAAAUGCUGGUUCUCUGCCUCGUUGGGUCGUGAUCUUGAGUGCUAUUUUGUUCUGGGUGAUAUCUUGAAGCUGUCUAAAGAUCAUCAGUUCUCAUUCAGCUUUGUGGGCAGAAAAGAAACUCUGCAGCCCAUUGCGUUGUUAAGAAGGGUUUUUCCGUUGACUGUUCUUAUUUUGGUUCGCCUCCUGGUUGGCUUUCUGCAGUUCUAGAGGACUUACAGUCUUUUGGUCAAGCUAGAUUCUCUGGUCAAUGUUGCAUGCAAUUUCUGCCACCAACACUUCUAUACACUACUGGAGUACUCCUACUUUUCCCAGAAAAUGUGUAGUUCCUGCCAGGCUUCAUAUAUCUGCCUCAUUACCAGAUGUGGGUGGAGUUAAAGUAGAGUAUACACCGUGGUUGAUUGUUGGAUUAGGAAACCCUGGAAAUAAGUAUCACAGAACUAGGCACAAUGUUGGUUUCGAGAUGAUUGAUCGCAUUUCUCAGAAAGAAGGAAUUUUAUUGAAUACAAUACAGUCAAAGGCUUUAAUAGGAAUAGGGUCCAUUGGGGAGGUACCAAUUUUGCUGGCAAAACCUCAGGCCUACAUGAAUUUCAGUGGUGAAUCGGUUGGACCACUUGCUGCAUACUAUCAAGUACCUUUACACCAUAUACUAUUGGUCUAUGAUGAGAUGAGCUUACCAAAUGGUGUCAUGAGGAUUCAACCAAGAGGAGGUCAUGGUCAUCAUAAUGGAGUGAAGAGCGUGAUGGAUCACCUGGAUGGAUGCCGAGAAUUUCCUCGGUUAUGCAUAGGUAUUGGCAAUCCUCCUGGAACAAUGGACAUGAGAGCAUAUCUGCUACAAAAGUUCAGUCCAGAAGAGAGAAAACAGGUGGACGCUGCGCUUGAGCAAGGUUUAGAGGCUGUAAGGACCCUGGUGCUCAAUGGUUUCAAUAAUAGCAUCACUAGAUUCAAUCUGAGCCAGAAGUACAAGUACCAUAAAGUUUGAAUUGAAAACCAAAUGAAACGAAGAGGGAUGUAAAAUAGUGCGGCAAUUUCUAUAAUCAGAAUCUGUUGUGUAGAUGAAAUUGACUUUUAAAAAUAACUUAUUUUAUCUAACAGAUAAAAUAUAAAAAACAAAAAUAUCGUGGACUAUUCAUUAAA